AUAAUGAAUGAUGAUUCUCUUCAUCAUAUUAUCCGUUGGACAGAUGAUGGUACCACUAUUUGUAUCUCCAAUUCCAUGUUAUUCUGUAAAUCAGUCUUACCACAUUAUUUCAAGCAUAAUAACUGGCAUAGUUUUGUCAGACAGCUCAACCGUAAGAAACCAUUAAAUUAA